AUGGGUUCUCUUGCGAAAUAUUGUAAAUCUCUAGAAAUAUCGUUUACAAAAAUUGAAGAUUUACCUAAAGAAAUUUUUCUCGAAAUUUUUGACUAUAUUGAAUAUAAUUAUUUAUGCGAUGCAUUUUCAAAUUUGAAUAAUCGGCUUCAAAAUCUUCUCAAGUAUCUAUCUCUUCGAUUAAAACUUAAAAUUGGUCAUCAACCGGAAUUUGCAGUUCAAAACUGUUAUACAAAAUUUAUUAUUUCAAAUAAACAUCGAAUAGUUUCUCUUUAUUUACAUGAUCAUUUGGAUAUCAUUAGUCAGUCAUCAUCAAAUAAGAUUGAUUCAUCAUUUAGUCGUAUUGAAUCACUUAUUCUCGAUCAAGUUCCAUGCAAAGAAUGGAUUUUGAUUUUUCCUAUUUUGACAUCUCUACCUCGUCUGUUUUCGAUAACUAUUAACCUUAUUGGUAUUUCAAUUGAUCUUACUGAAAUAUAUCGUCUGAUAUUUCUUUUACCAUAUUUGAAAAAAGUUGAACUUUCAACAAGAAGAAAUUCAUUAAUUAUAUCAUUACCAAUUAAUACAUAUGAACAGUAUAGUCAUAUUAAACAUUCAAUCAUUAAACAUGUUUGUCAUCUUAAAGAACUCAUUGCUUUACUUUCCUAUACACCUCUACUUACUCAUUUGACUUGUCUUGAAUUAUCCAAACAGUAUCAAGAUAUUCAAAGAAUAGAAUCAAUCAUGAUACCGAAUUUAACUAGGAUGACAUUAAAUAUGUGUUGCAUACAAUUCGAUGAAUUUGAAGUUUUUAUCGAAAAAAUAUGUAAGCAACUUCGAAUUUUAAAUAUCGAUAAAAUUCAAGAUGUAGAUUAUCUCAAUGCUAUUCGAUGGGAACAAUUUAUUUCAAAACAUAUGCUUUAUUUACGUAUAUUUAAAUUAGAAUAUGACGAAUAUCAUUAUCAACCUCUGGAAUUAACUUCAUAUCAUAGUCAACUUAAUCAAUUUACUUCAUCAUUUUCGAUUAAUCGAGGAUGGUUCUUUCAAAUAGCAGCUGAUAUAGAUUAUUGA